AUGAGCAUUGGCCACACCAACAUACAUUUUGAGUAUGGAGGAUAUUAUUCACGGAACGAGGAGGAGUUUAAAUGGAUUUCAGUAAAACCUAUAUAUGCAAUAUCAUUUAAAAGAUUAUCUUUGGAUGGGAUUACUUAUUCAGCUCUUGUAGAGAAGAUAUGCCAGAAGAUUGCACUAAGCUCCAAUACGACGAAUCUGAAAUUGAGCUACAUUCCUUUGGUAGCUAAGCCUCAAAUGGAGUCAUGUAUUUUCGGUGAUGAUGAUGUAUAUGCUUAUCUGACGACAUUUGAUAAAGAUGGUCUGAGAUCUGUUUUGAAUGUGGAGGUUAUCGAAGAGGUGGAUACAGACAAAAGAGAUCAGCUAUGUGAGGAUGAUGUAGCUAAUGGGGAUAAUGUAGCGAAUGGUGGUGUUAUGGUUCUUUUCAGGGCUGAGGAAGGAGGAAAUCUAGAGAACAUGCCUACUAAUGAGCGUACUAAUGAGCCUGAUAGUGAGAAGCAGAUGGAGAAUGAAGAUGGCUUGGAAACCGGUUUUGAUGAGAAUGAGCAUGUUGAACUUCCACGGGAAGAAGAACAAACUCAAUUUGUUCUAGAAUGGGAUGAUGGUGCAGGUUUUGAAAAAGGUCAACAGUUCUGUUCGAAGGAGGCAUUGAGAGUAAUGGUUGAUAAAGCUGCACAUAAAGGGUGUUUUGGGGUAAAAACCGAGAAGUCUGACCAGGGUCGAGUGAUACUGAAAUGCCAACAAGCUGAUCGUGGGUGUCCAUGGUAUUUACAUGCUGCCAGAAUUAAGGAAUCUACAUAUUUCAGUGUCAGAGUAUAUAGGAGUGUUCAUACCUGCUCCAGGGUUUUCGCGAGUACAAGUCGGAAGAGAAGAAAAGGUACUCCACAAGUAGUUGCAUCUGUCUUGCGUGAUGCAUAUCCAGGUCAGAUUGACACCCCCGCGCCCAAAAGUAUUAUCAAUGUUGUUCAGGUAGAAGCUGGAAUAAAUGUGUCUUACUCUACUGCAUUGAGAGGCAAAAAGCUAGCUGUUAGUGAAGUGAGAGGGAGUCAUGUAGAAAGUUUUAGGAAAUUGCGUUCUUAUCUAUACGUGUUAGAGAGGGUAAAUCCUGGUACAGUUACAUGCGUGAAGGUGGAUGCUGAAAAUAAGUUCAAAUAUCUAUUCAUUGCUUUGGGUGCUUGUAUAGAAGGUUUUAGAGCAAUGAGAAAAGUCAUAGUCAUGGAUGCAACAUUUCUGAAAAAUAUAUAUGGUGGUAUGGUUGUAUUUGCUACAGCUCAAGACCCUAAUCAUCAUCAUUACCCCAUUGCAAUGGGUGUAAUUGAUAGGGAGAAAGAUGGAAGUUGGAAUUGGUUUUUAGAAACACUGAAAACUGUCAUACCAGAUGAUGAAGAGCUGGUUUUUAUGAGCGAUAGGCAUAGGAGCAUUUUGAAGGCAGUUCAUGAGGUGUAUCCUAAGUCUCAGCACGGACAUUGCGUGUGGCAAUUGUCGCAGAACGUGAGAGGUAAAGCUGCUGUUGGUUUUAAAGAUAUUUGUGCUGCGAGAUUUAGAGAUUGUGCUCAUAUGUAUACCGAGUAUGACUUCAUCAGCGCAUACAUCGAUUUUGGGAGGAGGUUUCCUAAAGCCGCCGAGUAUCUUGCUGCUGUUCCUGUGGAAAAAUGGGCUAGGUGUUAUUUUAAAGGAGACAAGUACAAUUUGGACACCAGUAAUGCUUGUGAGUCGAUGAAUAGUGUAUUCAAGAGGGCAAGGAAGUACUCUCUACUGCCUUUGAUUGAUGCAUAUGUUGAAAAAUUAUCUGAGUGGUUCAAUAAGCAUAGAAAAGACACUGUUUCUGCAACAAGCUUAGGAAAACAGUUGGUGCCGUAUGUGGAAAAUGAAUUACAUACACGUUGUGCAGUUGCAACUCACCUACUAGUAACUGAGCUGAACGGCAGUGAACUUGAAUACAGUGUCACUGGAGUUGAUGGGAAGAGAUAUCAGGUUGAUUUGUUAAGGAGAAAUUGUAGUUGCAGAUGUUUUGAUAUUGACAAGAUUCCUUGCGUGCAUGCUAUAGCAGCGAACAUAUGUUUGAAAUUGGGACAACUGGACAACUAG